AUGCACUUUUCCACCGUGAUUGUCGCAGCGCUCACGCUACUGGUGGUCAAUGCCGCCUCCAACGACACGCUGCUGUGGGGCCCGUACCGACCCAACCUGUAUUUCGGUGUCAAGCCCAAGCUCCGAGAAUCACUGCUCUCUGGUCUCAUGUGGUUCAAUGCAGACUCUUUUAACCACAUCCACACCAUUCGGCAUGAGUGCGAGCAGGGCGACAACAUGGCUUCAUUCGGCUGGCACGAGUACGACUCUCGCCUGGGAGGCCGACAGUUGAUUGAAGAUGUUAACCAUGAUGUAGACAUCACCACAGAGUUUGUCACCUCUGAGGAUGGAGAGUCCUGGGGUGUUCGAGUGAGCGGCAAGCGACGACAGAAGAAGGAUGGAAUCACUUCCCUGGUGUUCUACUCUGGUCUUGAGGGCAAGGGCGACCUGAAUGGUCCUACUCCUUCUGCCAAGGGAUACAAGGAUAUUGUGGAGCUUGAAGGUAACUCCCCUGAUCUGGGCCAAUUCACCGUCACCAUCACUGAGAAGGGAAAGAAGAACGUCCAUCCUGAUGAGGACCACCCCAUUGCCGAGAAGAUGAUCAUGGAUAACCUUCAGCAUGCUUCUCUCAAGGUCCCCACUGGCAAUGUUUGGAAGGCCAAGGGAGUCUUUUUGACCCUUCUGCAGGAGCGAAUUGCCAGACUGUCCGAGAAGUACCCCGAGACCGAUCAGGUUCCCGCCGCCUGGGUUCUGCAGGUUGAGGACCAGGGCAUGAAGGGCAACCUGCACUUCGUCCAGUUGACCUUUGAGGGAGAUUUUGAGUUCGAUGUUCUCUACAACACCAAGGGAGCCAUGCUUCAAUUGAACUCCGAAAACCUCAGUGAAGAGAUUUCCCGAAACUCUGAGAUUUUCAACACUAAGUUCGACUCCAUUUUCCCCGUUAACGCUCCUUUCGACACCCCCAAGCAUGCUAUCUUCGCCAAGAACAUGUUUUCUAACCUCCUUGGAGGAGUCGGCCACUUUUCUGGCUCUUCUCUGGUUAACCGAAAGGCUUCUGAGGAGUACGACGAGGACGAGGAACGGUUCUGGGAGGGAGCUACCCACUCUUCUUCUGCUGUUGGUGAAGAGGAAGGCCCCUUCGAGCUCCUGACUACAGUCCCGUCUCGACCUUUCUUCCCUCGAGGAUUCUACUGGGACGAGGGCUUCCAUCUCAUUCCAGUUCUCGAAUACGACUCCGAUGUCGCUCUUAACAUCUUGGACUCUUGGAUGAACCUCAUGGAUGAAGAUGGCUGGAUCGCCCGAGAGCAAAUUCUCGGCCCUGAGGCUCGAUCCAAGGUGCCUGCCGAGUUUCAGGUUCAGUUCCCCCAUUACGCCAACCCUCCUACUCUGCUGCUGCUGAUUUCCCGAGCCAUUGAGAAGUUCGAGAGCCACCAGCGAGGUGAGACUGCCCGACAGGUGCGAGAUCAGUACGCCACCGAAUACUCUCUCGGUGACUCUCUCAUUUCUUCCCCCGAGAAGUUUGCUGCUUUCCUUGAGAAGCUCUACCCCAAGCUACAACUGCACUUUGACUGGUUCCGCACCACCCAGAAGGGAGAGGUCAAGGAGUGGGACCGAGAGGCCUUUUCCAAGCGAGAGGGAUACCGAUGGAGAGGUCGAACUAAGACCCACUGUCUGACUUCGGGCCUAGAUGACUACCCUCGAGCUGAGACUCCCCAUGCUGGUGAGCUCCACGUCGACCUUCUCUCUUGGAUCGGUCUUAUGGCCCGAUCUCUCAAGGAUGUCGCCCAAUUCCUGGAUAAGCCUGCUGAUGUGAAGAAGUACGCCAAAAUUGAGAAUGCCAUUGUCCAAAACCUUGACGACCUUCACUGGAGUGAAGAUGAGCAGGCCUACUGUGACGCCACCAUUGACGACUACGAGGAGAACGCCCACGUGUGCCACAAGGGCUACGUUUCUCUGUCUCCCUUCUUCCUCAAGCAUAUUAACCCCAAGUCCGAGAAGCUCCCUGCUGUUCUUGAUCUGAUCUCGGAUCCCAACGAGCUUUGGAGUGACUACGGACUGCGAUCCUUGUCCAAAUCCUCUCCCUUGUUCGGUACCAAUGAGAACUACUGGCGAGGGCCUAUCUGGAUGAACAUCAACUAUCUUGUUCUUGAUGCACUGAAGCACUACGGAGAGAACCCUGAGGUUGAUCCUAAGGUGCGAAAGCAGGCUGCCGACAUCUACUACAAACUGCGACAGAACACCGUUAAGAACGUCCACAAGCAGUGGAAGAAGACUGGCUACGGCUGGGAGCAGUACAACGAGGAGACCGGUGCUGCCCAGGGAGUGAAGCAUUUUACUGGAUGGACUUCUCUGGUUGUCAGCAUUAUGGGUAUGCCCGAGAAGUUGGAUGUCUGA